GAAGUCAAAAAUAAAAUCCAAAAUGGCGACGGCCAGUCUACUUGGCGUAUGAAAACAAAAGGAUGUUUUUGUUUAUGUUUCAGCAUGUAUUGCAUAUUUGGGAUCUGUCUUGCUCACCUAACCAAGCACUCUUAGUGCUCCUCUCGUGUGAUUGAAUGAGAGACACUUAUGGCUGCUGCUUAAAAAUUUUGAAGUUCAUCAUGGAAAUGGAGAACCAGUCUCUGAAGGAUAACAGUAUCUCCGCCAGUUUGGUUCCCAGUCGUAGAAGUGUCAGACAGUCAAUGCGCAACAAGAAAUACAAAUUUGACCCCUCCGAUUUCAAGCCAAAGCCUAGGGCGUCAAACUUAUCAACUGUAACAAAAACAAACGGACCUACUACAUUAUCCAUCAAAACGGAUGAUGUUUUCACUAUGAAGAGUUCCGAUUGCUCAAAGACUCUCAAGAUUUCCAAUGGCCCACAGCACAUGUCAAAAACAAACAGCAAGAGGUGCUUUCCUACUUUGUUUGCCAAGGGAGGAAUGAAAUUUAGCAUGCGGCCGAGAAAAAGAAGCAGCAAACGGUCCAAGUCUGUGGCAGCCCAGAUUGAGCAGACCAAGGAUGGAUGCAUUGACAUGACGCCAGACUCCAUCCUGUGUAAAACAAAUCUCAAGGGUUUGCUCAACUACAAGACUUUCAACCAGCUGCCGAGCAGCUACCAGUACAAGCUGGUCACCCUCCUGCCCCAGUGUGAUCAGAUCCCCGUCAUCAGCCCAGACGACCUCAGGUUAAGUUCAACAGCUUUAAACAAUGAAUUCUUCGCUAAAGCUUGUGGAGAGUGGAAAGACCGGCUGGCGGAAGGUGAGUUCACCUCCGACAAUCAACAACGGUUGAAGCUUGAGGAAGAGAAAGAACAGAGUAAAAUGGAUGCAUGGAAGGCAAAGCACUUUGAGCCGGUGUGGGGACACAGCAAAUUGCUGUCGGACGUACCCAAGGCCACAGGUCCAUCCCCCACCCAACUGGGAUCUCACCUGGAGCAGUUUGCAGCCGUCCCGAAGGCGUCGAAGCCGACGACGAUCCUCAAGUCCAACAUGCGGGUGUCCUCGAUGAUCCAGAAACGCCACCUGUCCCGGGCCAUCAGGGCCAGCGUGGAGAGCGCUCUUCCAGCCGCCAAAAAGUCCAUGUCCAACUCUGCGAGGAGCGAGGCGACCCCGUCUGCCCCCGCGGCCAAUCACCACGUGGUCUCGGACCGCUCCUCCGCCUCCCCCCUCCCCGCCUCCGCCUCGUCGGCGUCGGAAUCCUCGCCCAACUCCACUUCCUCCACCGCCUCCAGCAACAACUCCACCCUGGACUCGGCCAUCGCUGCCAGCCGCGAGGCUCUCGCCAGACAGGUGGAGAAACUCAGAUCGGAAGACAGGACGGAGAUCCUGGGAGUGACGCCUGCCAAGAAACGUCGUGUGGUUGGGUCUGCUGGGGGGCCAUCGGCCGUCAGACUGCCGCAGCAGACGCAGGCCCAGGCCAGGACGCUGGCCCAGAUCAGGGCGCAGACUCAGGCGGCGAAGAACAACAACAAGAACAUGAACGUCCUGCCCCCGUCGAGCCACAGCAAGCCCGCGUCUGCUUCCUCCAGCGGCUCCUCACAGGGCAUCACCAGAACGGUCACCAUGACUUCCACUGGCAUCAUCAUUAAAACACAGGGCCAGACGCGGACCCUGGCUCAGAUAAAAGCUCAGACGCAGGCCGCUAGAGCCAACUCGGUCGCCGCCUCCACCCCAGGUGGUCCGCCGGCCCAGAGCAAUCAGGCAAUGCGUAGCUUGUUGGCCAGCGGCCCUCUAUGCAAAGUGGCCCCCACGCAGACGAGAACUUUGGCGCAAAUCAAAGCUCAGACGCAGGCGCGGGCCCCCAUCCAGCCUCAGGUAAUCAAACCGCCUUCCUCGUCGAACCUGCUGUCUUCGGAGCUGAGUGCAAGCAGCACUAGUGGGCUGACCCCACAGCAGCAGCACGUGCCAAACAUUUUAUCCUCUACCAACAGCAAAAUCCGAGCUUCGGCUGACCUUCAGAGUAGCGCAUCCGAUGUGAACCUCAAGCGAUCCAUACAGAUUUGUCAGGCCGAGUUCAAGAAAAGUUUGACGAAAUCUGCCACGGUCAUUGGCACGGGAGGAACUACUUCCCCGGGGCCCAACCAAACUCCUCCCCCUCCACCCUCUCCUCUCCCUCCCGCGGCGUCUCAGACAGUGACCCCUCCCCCUCCCUCCCAGAGCCCGAGUGCCUCCAAACUCUUGUUCCCUCAGUCCUCCCUGAUCAGCGCUCAGCCCGCGGGCCAGGUAUCCACCCUCAACGUGAGCAACGGGCGGGUGUCAGGAGUUCCCUCCCCUCAACACCACUUCAUCCAGCCGCAGUCGCCGGCUAAGUCUUCUUCUCGCUCCGCCACGCCCACAACGCUGGUCAUUAACCGAGGGCGCGUUUCCCCCGCUACCACCGCAAAGUUCGUGUCCCUCCCGUGCAGCUCGGUCAAUUCAGGGACACACGCUGUCGACACGGGCGGCAGUAAAAUCUUCCUGGUCUCCCCGGCGAACAAAGAGUCGGGAGGUGCUGUUUUGCUGCUCAACAGCAACAGUAACCAGACUAUCGGCGCGUCUGUCAAACCACAGCACAGCCUUGGCGGUGGUGGUAGUGGCGGCAGUGUGGGGGUCGUCAAGUCCCUGGGGGCUGCAAGUCCCUCUGGGUUACCGUCAAGCAAUUCCCUCAGCUCCGCCAUCAGCCCGUCGACGUCCGUGGCGGUGGCUUCGUCCCAAGUCCCGCGACGACUCCUCACGCAAGACGCUCUGCGAGCCUUCCUCAACGCACCCCCGCGGGCAGCCAGUGCCCCGCCCAACAACGCCACCAACACCAAAGUGGAGACGCCGACCACGGCAGCGAUCGUCCGGUCAGCCAGUGUCGGAAAUAGCGGUGGUGGGCUACCCCCCCAGUCCUCGGCGCCCUCCACCCCCUCCCCCACAGCCCCCACCCCUCCCCCUCAUCAGACGUUCACCGUGUCCCUGGGCGACCUGCCUCAAGGCAUCACCAUUCAGAACUUCAACAACCCCGGAGUCAUCCCCCCCUCCUCUGCCUCCUCCUCCUCAUCUGCACACACGGCCAACAAUAUCCUCAUCCCUAACCCUAACCAGAUCCGGGUCAUCUCGCGAUCUUCCUCAUCAGGGAGCCCGUCGCCCAUCCCCGCCUCCUCCUCUCCCUCCCCCGGAGUCUCGGGGACCUUCAGCGUCCACAAGGUGGACCUCUCCUCCCUGUCCACGGCCGGCACGCCCACCAUCCCCACCUCCAUCCCGCCCCUCCGCUUCUCCCCGUCCCCCAUCGUGCCCGUGAGCAACAAUGCUAGUCAAAGCAUCUCAGGGAAAAAGUUUGGCACAGCUCGCAUCAUCCACGUGUCGGGCCCGGGCGGGAAGCUCCUGCAGACGUCGGCCCAGCUGGGCAGUCCCCUCAAGGUGGGCAAUGUGGUGAACAUUCAACCCAUGGUGUCGUCGGCCGUCACCCAGCAGGCCACGGCCAUCAAGUCGGCCACCGUGCUGGGCGUGCAGCCCUCUCAGGCGCCUUGCGAGCACCAGGCCGGCCUCCCCAGCGACCAGGGCUCCGACUCUGUGGGCUCCGGCUGCGCGUGUAAUCACAAAGCAAUGGUGGUGUGCAAGAAGUGCGGGGCAUUCUGCCACAACGACUGCAUCGGCCCGUCUAGGUUGUGCGUCACCUGCCUCAUCACCACCUGACAGCACAGGGAAUUAACAAGCUCUCCGACUAAUUCACCACAGGCGGCGCUGUUCCCAUGAGCUCCGGUCGUCUCCGUUGGACAGGAAACUGAAUGGAGUAGAUCUCGGUUUAUUUCACUACGGCCUGCGUGGUUCCUCAUAGCUCCCCUCUUGACCACCUGACAGGAGCUGGAAUUUAUGAGCUGUUGAACAACUUCAUUACUGACUACGCUGUUCCAAAUAGUUCCGUUCUUCACAAACAGAGGAGAAAGAGGCUAAGAUAGCACUUUGACAUGGGUGGCUGCUGCCUCUAUAAAUAGAUUAAUAAUGGUCAUUAGUUUCGCUCAAAUUGAUUUGGAUAAGACCAGAGGGCGAUAGAUACUUAUUUGAUUGAUUGACAGCUGAGUUCCAGGAACAUGGCACUCUGAAUGCCAGGCGUGCUCUCCCCAUCCCCAAC